AUGCAAGAAUUUGUUGCAAAAAUCCUCGAAAUCCAAAACGGCCCAUUGCGAAAUGCGUCACUCUUCGCUAGAAAAUGUAUGGAUUCUAUGGCCGAUAUCGAAAAGUGGCUGGUUCGUUUGGGCGAUCUAGCCCAGAAGGCGUCAAUUGUUGGACAAACUCAGGAAUCAGAUAUUGAAAUCAUAGAAUAUCAGCGCAGCAGCCUUGGAAAGGAACAUGAGUCGAUUGGCGCAAUCCUCUGCUAUCUUUUCAAAGGAACUUUCACGAGCUCUGAAGAUUUCCGCCUUCUUCUGGACCGACUCAGGAAAUUAGAUAAGUUCGACAUGAGCUUGGUUCAUUAUAUCCCAGCAAUAAUCUUGUCAGUAUCUCAGUAUGGCUCCCCUGAAGGUUCCGGAUCCCUUCGUGAUGCAAGAUCCCUCCACCAGGCUAUUGUACCUUCCAAAGAUCCCCAGGACUGGGUUCUGGCACAAUUUCAUGCUGCUACCAUGGCAUUCUGGCUUGCUGAAUAUGCUGAUCUCUCCAAGUUAUUUAUCACGGCACUGGACGAUGGGGCCCUUGAGUUCAUGCUGCAGGUCUGCAGUGGGGUCAGUCAGAACGAGUGGCGCGACCCAGGAAGAAUUGAGAUGGUUAACCUACUCCUCAAGGAUAGUACACCUUUGACAGUGGAGCCAGACUCUUCUUCUCCAUAUUUUUAUGCAUUGCUCAUGGAACAUUUCGAGAUAUUUAUAGAAUCUCUUAUUGCCAAUAUGCCAGAUGCCAUCAGAACACUGAAGUCAGAGGAAGACAUUCAGCGUUUGGACCAAAUAACGGCUCUGCGGGAAGGUCUAACCUCAAACUUACAUCGUGGUCCCAUUGAAACACGUAUGCAUUUCGAAACAUUGCUUAUGAUAAUGGCAUUUGCAUUUGAACAUAGGGCUGAGGCUUCCCAGGCAUUCUGGACAGAUCCGGAGGGAAAUUUAAAUGGAUUUCUCCAAUGGGCGUCGAAGCGUCAGACCGUUCCUCGGGCCAGCGCCUUCUGCGAGAUGCUUUGCUCCAUCUCAGAAGGGGAGGAAAAUUCUUUAUCCGCGCACAAAUUCCUCUUAGAUGAAGAUAACAUAUCCUCCACGAAAUUUAGGAGAUCUGCUUCGAUGAGCUGGAUUCAGAUGAUUGAUGAACUCCAACUCUAUGCUACUAAGGCUACGGAACGGCCUUCAGCGGCACCUCCAUCAGUUUUCCGUAUUCGAAAACUAGAGCCGGCUGAUAUAGAUGAACCUGAAAGCCCGGUGAUGCUCACUUCAUAUCUGAGACUCAUUAGUCACUUGUGUAAACAGAACUCGGAAAUCCGGGAAUGGAUUCUUCAACACCCAACACUGAACCUUGUCAACAUUCUUCUAACCCUAUGCGACGCCCCCAUUCCAGGUCAUCUGAGAUCCAGCAUAUUUGUCACUUUACGGUUUCUAAUGGUCGACAGGACCUCGCUCCAUGGAAACGAUAUGUGGAUUGCGCUUGAUCAAUGGAUUUCCGGUUCGGGGUCCCAAACUUCACCUAUCGCUAAAAUCUCUCUUCCGACCAAUUCCCCCGGAUGGAAUGAACGGCAUGCCUUUCAGAAAAUAACAGAAACCUUCGAUCAAACAUUUUCCUUUGUUGAACUACUAGAUACGCUAGCAUCUCCACCAAUAGAUUUGGCAAAUUCACAGCUCUCCCUUCCAUUUCCUGAGCCAUUAGGGUCUUCAUAUCGAAUGCCAGGCAUAGAGCCUUAUAUUGACUUCGUCAUUGGUCAAGCACUUGUUACUAGAUCUGUCGACAUCCAGGAGCACCAGAUUCGCCACCUCCAAUUAGCUUGUUUCAACUUUAUUGUGACAUGUCUUGAGAAUUUCAACGAAAACCUCAUAUCCAUCGUAAGCGAACAUUUCGUUCCGCUCGAUUCUGGUAUGCGGUCCUCAUCCCUGAACACGUACAUUAGAUUGCAUCCAUUUGCGAGAGUGAUGGAGUGGCUAUUUAACGAGGAUGUCCUUAAGGCUAUAUUUGCCGCUGCCCAUCAAAAUAUUGACGAUGUGGCAAGGGCCACGUCGGAUUCAAUUAUCCUUCGAUCUCUGCUCCGGAGUAUUGACGUUAUGAAUCUCAUUAUGGACUACCAAUCGACUUAUUUUGAUGUCGUACGCCCAUUAACUAAAUCUCAAUCUAGGCAAUCCACAACUAACGUGGCUAACUCCUCCCUUACAUCGUUCGAAGACAGUGUCGUUAACAAUCUUCAUAUAGUCACGGAUUUGUGUCUCUAUUGCGGUACUGGCCACCCGCAGCUAACUCUCACUUCGCUCGCACUUUUGGAAAAAUUAUCAAGCUCGCGCAAGUUAAACAAGGCUACUUCAUCCACGUUAUCUCGUUGGCAGGCGUCAAAUCAGAUAGUAGAGUUAUUGAACACCGAUGUCGAGGCGGAUCGUAUUGCUCGUUCUCUUGCGUCACAAAUGAAGCCUGAUAUACGUGAGCUAGAGAGCGGACCCGAAUCUUCCGGUUACCUUAUCAAGUUAGGACUUGUAAACUUACUCGACCGGUGUCUUAGUAUCAACCCUGAAAAGCCAAAUAUGGCACACUUACUUCUAGGGUUUUCUUGCCUUGGAAAAACGCUUGAUGUCGCAGUAGGAAGUUUGUUCCAGGACCAAAUGUCGCUUUUGCAUGCAAUCAUCGAAUUUGCCCAGAGCUACCCUGAUGGGGUAGAUGGAACCAUAUUUGCUUGGAUGGUGCAUCUUAAAGAAGCGAGUUUCCGGGUGCUUCGAUAUCUCUGGUCUUCGAAGCUGUCGUCAACUCUCGUUCUUCCAGAACUUCGUUACAGUCGUCUCCUUGUUUCUCUCUUCGCAACUCAACCUCCAGUAGGCCCAGAGACACUUUGGAAUCAUUUCCAAACUUCUGAUCCAGAAUUUUGGUAUUCGGAGUCACCCGCUGCCUUAUCAGGAUUCCUUAACUAUCGAAGCAUGCUCUUUGACUAUGCCGUCACCGAAAUUCGCUCUGUUUCGAGCCACGGUGCCCCUUCUUUGCAAAGGGAUACCCUUUCCACCUUGCUGGGAAGCUCCGUCGAUGAAAAUAACCGAACUUUUAACCACGCCUCCUUCCUCGACCUCUUUGACUUCGCAGAUUUGGACAUAGAAUCCAUAAAACCGCCACCCAAUUUGAAAUUCUAUAAUGAUGUUAACCUGGAGCCAUAUACCAAGACCCAGGGCGAUGGUUCUUUGGUCCUUUAUGAUCUUGCUACAGUGAAAGAGUUUCUUGACUUCACUAGACAAGAUUUACUACAGGCCGGAGUGGCGACCGCUCAAGAUGAAGAGCAGCUCUUGUCUGAGCGAGACAACGUAUUACUAUUUCUCCAUGCCAAUAACCAAAGUAGAAGAAUUCGACUCAAUCGGUACUCGGCUGUCCAAUCCUGGGCCGAACUUGCAACCACGAUCAUUGUUACAUGCGAGAUGGACUCAGGACAAAGGUCGAUGUUGAUUUUGCAUAUCUUGCAGGUUAUUCUCCCCAAACUCGAAAGUUCCAUCGUAGAUACUGCUGCAGAGGCCAUUGAGUUAGGCCGUUUGGCAGAAUCAUUGCUGGAGAAGCUUGGUUCUAGUCCUUCCACCCAAAUCCCCAACAAAGGAGCUGACAUCAUCGAUGAACGACUCUACCAUCUCUUCCAAGCAUGUCUUCGUGGGAUCCCGCUGGCCCUCGAAAAUAGUCCCUUGAGAGAAUGUCUUUACAACAUUUGUUCGCAAUAUCUUUCGCGCAUUACGCGGGAUGGAUCUAAACACAAGCGCUUUGGAAACCACUCGGAACAAGUUGUCAAGUCUUCGGGUUCAUCACUUGUGGAAGUUUCGUCAUCGUUGCUCAUAGAUAUGAUUGCCCAAUCGAACUAUCUGGCCAUGUUCGUGGAUGUUGUCGGGGCGAUACCCUCAGAGUUCCGCAAUGCACCGGCCAGUGAAACCUCACGCCUAUUGGUUUACUAUGAUGCACAUCUGUCGCUACUUCAACAACUUUCUCAAUCACGAAUCGGCGCGGAGCGCAUAUUAGAUGCGGGUUUGUUCCAAGCUGUUAAGGAGUCCCAGCUUUUUGCUACUGACCCUGAUAUCGGAAUCGACAUCGGCAACCCAGACGCUCUUCGGAAAUACUAUGACCUGCUCCUUGCUGUAAUGCGUGUAAUUGUAUCUGCAGUUUUUGCGCGUGGCUUGCACAACAAGCAAUUACUUGACCAGACGCGUACUUUUCUUUCAGGAAAUCGACAAAUCAUGGUUGGAAUAUUUAAGCGAUAUGCAAAAGUUGGUGGGCUGGAUGGAGGGGAGGUUAGUGAGACUCUGGAGGAUCUAGUUAAAUCGUAUGUCGCUCUGAUUGAUGCGGUUGGAUUUCUUCAAAUAAUUGGCGUUACGACUAAUUCAAUUAGACCUGCACCGAGGGGCGGGAACAAGUCUGUUGGCAAGCGAAAACACCCGGAACAAGAGCCUGAAAUCCGCGAGGAUCAAUCCCCGAAACAGACGACUAUUACGGACCUUUUUGAAAACGGCGGGAAUAACAUAUCAAAAAACGGUAGAGGGGAGCUUCUCCCACCUAGCACAAAGCGAGUGAGGCGAGAUAUAUCCCAUCCCACAAGCUCCCUCUCAACCUCCGACCCCACCCACCAACCCAUUUCAGUUGAGAAAAUGUACACAUUCCCACAGAACAAUACCGAUUCGAAAUCACCGACUGGUGGAACUGGAUUGAAUUCGUCACCGAAAUCAAACGGUGCCCCCCGUCAGGCCGGAUCGCGCGCGUUCAAUUACAUGACAAGACCCAGCAGCUUCACGCCACAUACAGGAGCUAAGAAGCUCGUUGUCAAAAAUCUACGAGCCAUACCACGUUUGGAUCAGGAUCGAUAUUUAGAAAAGGUCUGGUCGCAGCUGGACUCGGCUCUGACAGCAGUCCUGGCAGAUCAGAAGCCAGAACAGUCGCUUGAGGAGCUAUACAGAGGCGCUGAAAAUGUUAUAAUUCGUUCCAUUUUCUAUUACUUAGACCAAUCAUUCCUGUUACAUUCGGCGGACAAUCCAGUCAUUUACGAGAUGGGCUUAAUCCAAUUCCGCACGACGAUCUUCUCCAACGAUAUAUUACGACCUCGAAUCUUGCAAGGAGCCUGCCAACUCAUUGAACUUGACAGGGCGGAAGACAAUACGGUGGUCGACCCAAAUUUACUCAAACGUGCCAUCAAACUAUUUCAUGACCUGGGUGUCUACAAGAAGCAUGUUGAACCGUGCAUGCUUGACGCAUCGGAAAUAUACAUCAGUAGAUGGGCUGUUUCUGAACACACCAAUAUCCUAAUUAAAGAAGACGAUAUAGUUGAUCUACUUAGCAAGAACGACAAAUUUGCUCUGGAACAAUUAUACUCUUUGCUACAACGACAGGACCUAGGGGCCAAAGUGAAACCGGCAUUCUCCGCGUAUAUUAUCAAAGAAGGCUCUGCUAUCGUAUUCGAUCAGGAGAAUGAAGACAAGAUGGUUACCAGACUUUUGAAGUUCAAGGAGAAUUUGGAUGAAAUAUGGAAGAGCGCAUUUCACAAAAAUGAAACCCUAGGUCAUAGUCUUCGGGAGGCUUUCGAAAAAUUUAUCAAUGAAACGAAACAAACAGGGUCGAAUUGGGGUACCGAUAAUCCAAAGCCCGGUGAGAUGAUUGCGAAAUACGUUGAUAUGCUACUUAGAGGAGGUGUCAAGGCCAUUCAGGGUCUGGCUGAAGAAUCAAAAAGCGGGAGCACGGCAUUAGUUGAUGAGGAUGCGGAAAUCAACCAGAAAUUGGACCAGGUUUUGGAUCUUUUCCGUUUUGUCCAUGGAAAAGCUGUUUUCGAAGCCUUCUACAAAAACGAUCUCGCCCGUCGCCUACUUAUGGGUAGAAGCGCUAGUGAUGAGGCCGAAAAGAGCAUGCUUGCAAGGCUCAGGUCAGAAUGUGGAUCGAAUUUUACUCAUAACCUCGAGUCCAUGUUUAAGGACAUGGAUCUUGCGCGUGAUGAAAUGGCAUCGUAUAAUGCGCUUCUCGGCCCAAACCGAGAUAGAUCCAAUAUGGAUCUGAACGUAAACGUCAUAUCAGCGGCUGCAUGGCCAUCAUACCCAGAUGUCCAAUUGAAAAUACCAAAGGUUAUAUCCAGCGCGAUGGACAGUUUCGAACAGUUCUACAAUAACAAGUACAAUGGUAGAAAACUUCAUUGGAAACACUCUCUUGCGCACUGUCAACUCAAGGCAAAGUUUCCAAAUGGGAAUAAGGAAAUCGUUGUCAGCUCCUUCCAAGCCGUUGUCCUUCUCCUUUUCAACGAUGUGGAGGAUGAUACCACUUUGUCAUAUCCAGAAAUCAAGGAGGCUACGGGCUUGUCUGAUAUCGAAUUGAAACGAACUCUCCAAUCGCUAGCCUGCGCCAAAUACCGUGUCUUGACCAAGCGUCCAAAGGGCCGAGACGUCAAUGACGACGACACAUUUUCUUUCAACUCAAACUUCUCAGACCCCAAGAUGCGCAUCAAGAUCAACCAGAUCCAGCUCAAGGAGACCAAACAAGAGAACAAGACUACGCACGAACGUGUAGCAGCGGACCGACACUAUGAGACGCAGGCAGCCAUCGUUCGAAUUAUGAAGGCGCGUAAGGUCAUCACUCAUGCGGAGCUAUUGGUGGAAGUGAUUAAUAAAACGAAGAGCAGAGGUGUACUAGAGCCUGCGGGGAUCAAGACUAAUAUUGAAAAACUCAUCGAAAAAGAUUAUAUAGAAAGGGAAGAGGGAAACAAGUAUCGAUACCUAGUUUGA